AGUGACCAGGAGCAGCAUGAGACAGAUUCAGAGCUCACCUUGACUUCUCCUGUCUCGUCUUUAUUACUCACAUUCAGGCUGAUGGACACCCAUGAUCAGACAUCUUUGGUGGGAACAGGGCUGCUGUCAAGGCUGUCCCGCAUGAGGCACUUAGGGAGGAGCAGUGUCACCCCCACAGAGUCCAGCCAGAGGACAGAGGGUGACAUAAGGGGCAGGAGCAGUGACGGCCGCUGGCCUCUGGCUGCACACAACAUGAACAACUGCAACAACAAGGAUGGCAAAAAAGAUGACAAGAAAGAUGAUAAGAAAGAUGACAAGAAAGAUGAUAAGAAAGAUGCUAAGAAGGACGACAAGAAGGAUGAUAAAAAGGAAGAGCCAAAGGAGGUGUGGAUCAUGGACCCUGCGACAGAUAUGUAUUACUAUUGGCUUAAUAUGAUCUCCAUCCCAGUGUUCUACAACCUGAUGCUCCUGGUGGCCAGGGCUUGUUUUAAUGAACUACAGUCUGCUAACACAACACUCUGGAUGGUUUUGGACUACACUUCAGACUUCCUAUACUUCGCUGACACGUUUGUGAGAGCCAGAACAGGUUUUCUGGAGCAAGGACUGCUUGUAAGGGAUGAAAAGGUCCUGAAAGAGAACUACAUGAAGACACGCCAGUUUAGAUUAGAUAUCAUAUCAAUAAUUCCGACUGAUAUUGUUUUCUUCAAAAUUGGAAUCAACAACCCAGAGUGGAGGUUCAACCGUCUCUUUAGGUUAUCCCGACUCUUUGAGUUCUUCGAUCGGACUGAAACGCGAACCAACUUCCCCAACAUAUUCCGUAUUGCUAAUCUUGUUCUUUACAUCAUCAUCAUUAUCCACUGGAAUGCUUGCCUCUACUUUGCCUUCUCCAAGGUGCUUGGGUUUGGCUCAGACACCUGGGUGUAUCCAUCCAUGAAGAAUCCAGAGUAUGCACGUCUGGCCAGACAGUACGUCUACUGCUUUUACUGGUCCACUCUUACUUUGACCACUAUAGGUGAGACACCGCCCCCAGUCCGAGAUGUGGAAUACUUUUUCGUGGUAGUUGACUUCCUCACAGGGGUUCUGAUCUUUGCCACUAUUGUAGGAAAUGUUGGUGCUAUGAUUUCUAACAUGAAUGCAGCACGUGUAGAGUUCCAGGCUAAGAUUGACUCUAUCAAGCAGUACAUGCACUUUCGCAAGGUCACAAAAGACAUGGAAGUGAGGGUGGUGAAGUGGUUUGACUACCUGUGGACAGAGGACAAAACUUGUGAUGAAAAGCAAGUGCUGAAGAAUCUUCCAGACAAACUAAAGGCAGAAAUAGCCAUCAACGUACAUCUGGAGACCCUACAAAAAGUGCGCAUCUUUCAGGACUGUGAAGCAGGUUUGCUUGUUGAGUUAGUCCUCAAGCUUCAGCCUCAAGUUUUCAGUCCUGGUGACUACAUCUGUAAGAAGGGGGACAUUGGUAGGGAAAUGUAUAUCAUUAAAGAAGGACAACUGGCUGUAGUAGCAGAUGAUGGGGUUACCCAGUUUGUUGUUCUCAGUGAUGGGGCAUACUUUGGUGAAAUCAGCAUCUUAGGGAUCAAGGGCAGCAAGGCAGGAAACCGAAGAACCGCCAACAUUCGCAGCGUGGGCUACUCUGAUUUGUUUGCCCUGUCCAAGGACGAUCUGAUGGAGGCGCUCACUGAGUAUCCUGAUGCUAAAAAUGCCCUAGAGGAUAAGGGAAGGGCCAUCCUGAUGAAAGAUAAUCUCAUAGAUGAGUCACUGGUCACAGCCUCUGAUGCCAAAGACUUGGAGGACAAAGUCAACCAGAUUGAAUCCACUAUGGAUGUCAUGACACUCAAAUUUCGAAAGCUGUCAGACCAGUAUGAAUCUUCCCAGCGUAAACUCAAACAGCGGCUCAGUAAUAUUUCAAACCAGGUCCGAACCCUCAGAAUAGACGAUGAGUAG